UGUUCACUCAGCUCAGAUGGGCUGCGGCUAAUUGCUUGCUCAUAGGACCGCUGUUUAUUAUUCAGAGUAUUAUUGAUGAGUAACAGAGGAACAGAAACUACCUGGUAUCUGUCGCUCUGUCUCUCCAGGUGUGUUCAGCCUCUAUGACCAUAUCAGGAACACGGAACCCGCGCACCUGUGAACUGACGUCAUCCUCUGAAAGUACCUGCAGCGACUCGCCCAGCUGCAGUCAGUCACUAACCGUCCAACCGGAGAGAGCGAGCACAAAGAAGACACGCAGAAGACUCACACAGGAAUAGACUUUUACUUCAUUUCACAGUUUGUUUUUUCUUCUUCCUUCACUGAGGACCAGAGGGAGAGGAUUUACAGACAGAUGGGGACGGUUCGGUUCGCGGUUUUGGGCAUUUUAAUCGUCGUGUUUCAGGCCUCUGCUUCAGUGCCUGCUGAGGAGCCAACAUGUGUACCUGGAUUCGAGUCAGAUAUGUUGAUUUUCACAGUGUCCAGAAAGCACCUGAAGCGGGACGCAAUACUGGGAAGAGUGGGCUUUACUGACUGCACAGAUCGCAAUAGGUUUCCUUUCAACAGUGACAACAGCCAUUUCAAGGUGCAGUCAGACGGCGUAUUGAAGGUAAAAAGACAGAUUGAUAUUCAUGGAUCCCGGGAAUUCUUUAUCCACACCUGGGACUCACAAGGUAGCAAAAUAAGUGUUCCUGUCAAAGUAAUGUUCCACGGGCAUCACCAUGGGAACCACCACCAAAAUGCUGAGCAUCACCAUGGAGACCAGACACACCACAACCAUCAGCACCACCAUACUGACGUGGACUCUGCUAAUAACACACAGAGUGACAACGAUGAGGUGCCCAUUCUGCAUUUUCCCACGAUUGGUGCAGGGCUGAGGAGGAGGAAGAGAGACUGGGUUAUUCCUGACCUCACUGUUCCUGAGAAUUCUCGAGGACCAUACCCCCUAAAAGUAUCUCAGAUCCGUUCAAAUGAGGAUACAGUGAAGAAGAUCUUAUACAGCAUCACUGGUCCAGGAGCUGAUCUGCCUCCUGUAGACCUUUUCACGAUGAACAAAGACACUGGUAUUCUGUAUCUCACACAACCACUGGACAGAGAGCGUCAAGAUAAGUACUUGUUUCAAGCACAUGCUGCUGAAGAUGGUGCAGCAAAUGCCGAGGCGCCCAUGGAUAUUAUAGUGAAAGUAAUUGACCAGAACGACAACAAUCCUACUUUCUCUCAAAGCACCUACGUGGGAGAAGUUCUUGAGUCUUCGGAUAUCGAUGAUCCGGUGAUUCAGGUUGUGGCCACGGAUAUUGACGAGCCGAAUAAUGACAACUCAGAUAUCCUUUACCGUCUUAUGGACCAGGAUCCAAAGUUGCCCGCUGACAACCUGUUUAUCAUCAACCCAGUCACUGGAGCCAUCAGAGUCAAUGCCGUUGGGCUCGACAGAGAGAAAUACCCAAAGUACACCCUGCUGGUAGUAGCACAAGACAUGAAGGGAAGAGGGUUGGCUGGAGAAGCGAAAGUAAUCCUUACUGUCACAGAUAGCAACGACAAUGCUCCGGUCUUCACUCAGCCUUCCUAUGUGGCAACAGUUGCAGAAAAUAAAGUGGACGCUCGAAUCCUUACGAUGUCGGUAACCGAUGGUGACGAGGUACACUCCCCAGCCUGGAAUGCCAAGUUCACGAUUGUCGGUGGCGAUCCUGGAAAACUUUUCACCGUGAAAGCAGCAAGUAACAAACAGGAAGGAAUCCUUUCUACUGCCAAGGGUCUUGACUUUGAGAGGAGCACCACGCACACUCUGUUGAUUACGGUGGAGAAUGAGAUUCCUUUUGCUACUCCACUGCCCACUGCCACCGCCACAGUCGUGGUGACUGUGCAGGACGUCAACGAAGCUCCAAUCUUUGAACCAUUACAGAAGAAAGUGUCAAAACCGGAGAACCUUGCCGUCGACAGUUCUGUGGUGCAGUACAUUGCCUCUGACCCAGACACUGCACGCAAACAGACAGUCAUGUAUAAAGUGGUUAGAGACCCUGCCGGCUGGCUGAAUGUGGACAAAAAUACGGGCCUGAUUAAAGUCAAAAGUCUCAUGGACAGAGAGUCCCUCUUCGUCCAGGACAACAAAUACACAGCACUCAUUGCUGCAUAUGACAAUGAUGAAGUCCCAGCCACAGGAACCGGCACUCUAAUAAUCGCGCUCGAAGAUGUCAAUGACAAUGCACCCACCAUCGUGGACCGAGCAGUCAAAGUGUGUAACAAGGAAUCGGGUCCUCGGCUGCUGUCGGUGAUGGAUAAAGACGGACCGGGCUAUACCGCUCCAUACAGCGUCCAUUUACAGGGCAUCUCGAAGACCAACUGGACCGCUAGGAUGAACGGCUCCAAAACGGGUAUUAUCCUGGCUUUGAACACUGAGCUAGCCAGGGGAGAGUACACUGUGGUCCUGAGGGUUUCAGACAACCAGGGCUUGGCGCAGGACAGCACCGUCCAGGCUGAAGUGUGUGACUGCUCUGGGGAAAACGUGGUCUGCAAAGAUCGGGCGAUAGCUGGCACUGAACUGCCUAUAAUCCUGGGAAUACUGGGAGGCAUCCUGUUGCUGCUCAUGUUGGUGCUGCUGCUGCUGCUGUUAGCGAGACGGAGAAGAGGACUGAAGCCGAAGGAUGAACCACUACUGAACGAAGAUAUCAGAGACAACAUCUAUUACUACGAUGAAGAGGGAGGCGGGGAGGACGAUCAGGACUAUGACCUGGGUGUCCUCCACCGUGGUCUGGAUAACAAGCCCGAUGUGUUCAGAAACGACGUGAUGCCAAACUUCAUGCCGGCUCCUCAGUACCGGCCUCGCCCAGCCAACCCAGAGGAAAUCGGCAACUUCAUUGGUGAUAACCUGAAGGCAGCCGACAACGACCCGACAGCACCCCCCUACGACUCCCUGCUGGUGUUUGACUACGAGGGAGGCGGCUCCGACGCGGGAAGCCUCUCUUCUCUGAACUCGUCGAGCAGCGGAGACCAGGACUACGACAACCUCGCCGAGUGGGGACCCCGCUUCAAGAAGCUGGCCGACAUGUACGGAGGAGGAGAAGAUGACAUGCUGUAAUUGUACCAAAGAAAAGAUAAUAACACAUAUGGCUGCGUGAAUGUUAGAUUGAUGUAAGCAUGAACUGAUAAAUGGCUGCUUCCCAGGGAAAGUAUAGUACAGCAGCCAUCAGUAGGCCCACAGAGGUUUAUUGUUGUCAGUGCAGUCCGGUUAGCAGUUAACAGCCACUGCUCGGAAGCCAAACGAUGAGUUUAUUUUUUUUUUAUACAUGAGUUCUACAUUUUGAAUGGUUGAGCUCUCUCUGCCUGUCUUUUAGAUCCCUGUUUAGUUCUAGGCUAAAGAUGCUUUUUGUUUAUUUUCUCGUCAUUGAGCCACAUCAUCUGUCUCAAUGGUGAUUUAUGGAUUUUGUGCAGAUAUUUCAGCCUGCGUCAUGGCUUACUGGGCGACACUGGAUAUGUACACAGAUGAUUGCAGUUGCACUUGUAACGUUUGUGUAAUAUUGGCAAUGUAUGGUACUUAUUAACAUUUGUUCUGUUUUUUUUUUUAUAGUUUGUACUACUGCUUCAGUUAAAUUUCAUUGUUUUGUAUCUCUGUUUGAGGAAUGAAAUUACAAAUGAUCAAGGGGGAAUCUGCGUUGCCAGCCAAUGCACAUCACCCUCUGAGGGGGGGGGGGGGGGGGGUCAAUGAGUUCUAAAUAAAUGCUUUUUAAGAUGUUUGAAAAUCUCCUGUUCAGUUGACAUCUUUACCACAUUGUAAUGUCAAAACACUUUUAAACGUUGCCUCCAAUGGUACUUUAUUGCGAACGCUUUGUUAAUUUUGGAAUUUUUUAUAAAGUUAUCUUAAUACAAUAA